GCAAGCCCUGACUUUGGCUCAACUAUCUGCGUGCACUAACGGGCUGCACAUAUGGGAUACGAAUGCGGUUCCUGAUGAGCUCCAACUCUUUGUCUCUGGGAGGAGGAGGAAGAGGCUGUGCCCUGAGCUGGAGGAUCUGCCGUACACCCUCUGAGACCCUCACCCCUCAGUGGGCUCUUGGAGAAUGCUUGCCUGCUUGGCCAGGGGGAAUUUACUGGAUAUUCUGCAGGAGGGCUUCACAGAGCAACAGCUACAGGCAUAUGUGGCCUGGGUAAAUUCCCAGCUGAAGAAGAAGCCAACAAUAAAGCCAGUCCAAGACCUGAGACAAGAUCUCAGAGAUGGAGUCAUCCUUGCCUCACUUAUUGAGAUUGUAGCUGGUGAGAAGCUAAAUGGUGUUCAGGUCAACCCUACCAGUCAGCAGGAGAUGAGGGAAAAUGUGGAGCAAGUCUUACAGUUCGUGGCGUCAAAAAAGAUUCGUAUGCAUCAGACAUCAGCAAAAGAUAUUGUCGACGGUAACUUAAAAUCUAUCAUGAGGCUGAUCCUCGCCUUAGCUGCUCAUUUCAAACCAGGCUCCGGAAGAGCUGUGAAUCACAGCCCUGCUGGCACGACGGGGAAGAGCUCAGCAGCAUCGUUUUCCAGUCACAGGCCCCGCUCAGCUGCUGCAGUGGCCCAGGGGGCGGUGGCUGCUCUGGCAGAUGUUCGCCAAGACGUACUGCAGUCUGGCCGGGAUGUCUUCCGGCACAGACAGAGAAACAGCAGCAUGGAUGAGGAGAUUGAAACCCCCUACUGGAGUGUUCGAGCACUGGUGCAGCAGUAUGAAGGGCAGCAUAACAUCCCCUUGGAGCCCCAGACCUCCAGUCUCACAUCACCCAGUCCUGUCCAUAGCACGAAGAGCGAAUCCACUGUAACCCAGUCAGAGGAGAAAGCAGGAUUUGUGAUUAUCCACACUGAGGAAGCAGAAACUAAAACAGAAGAGAUAGAAUCUCACUUCCAACCUGAAUGGCAAGCAGGGAACCUAGGGUCAUGUUUGGAGAAUUCAUGGGAGGAGCAGCUAUUGGAACAACAGGAUCAUUUGGAAAAGGAAAUGGAGGAAGCAAAGAAGAUGAUUUCAGGUUUGCAGGCUUUACUGCUCAAUGGCUCUUUACCUGAGGAUGAGCAGGAAGGGUCCUUUAAACUUUGUGAACAUGGAGCCUGCCCAGAAGAGCAGCUGAUCAUAAUCCGAAGUCGUCUGGACCAGAGUGUGGAAGAAAAUCAAGACCUAAAGAAGGAGCUGUUGAAAUACAAACAAGAAGCUCGAAACUUACAGGGGAUAAAGGAUGCUCUACAGCAGAGGCUGACUCAACAGGAUGCUUCAGUUCUUCAGCUAAAGCAGGAACUGCUGAGAGCAAACAUGGACAGGGAAGAGUUGCACAAUCAGAAUGUUGAUCUUCAGAGGAAGGUAGAAGAAAGAAACAGGCUGCUGGCAGAAUACAAAAAGGAACUGGGCCAGAAGGACCGACAUUUACAGCAGCAUCAAACCAAACUGGAUGAAAUGCUUAGGCAACUUUCUGAGGCCAGUUACCAGCAGGUGUGGAGCCAGGUGGAUUUGGAGCGGGAGCUGGAACACAAAGAGGCUCUGCUAGCUCACUGCAUGAAGAGAGAAGCUGAAGAGGUGAUGGCAUAUAGCAGUCACAAUGCUCAGAGCAAUGGCUUCCUCCAGACAGCAGGAAAAGGAGCUGCUCCCACAGCCCACCGAGGGACAAAUGACUUGCAGCUCAUUCGUGAUGCACUUCGUAGCCUGAGGAACAGUUUCAGUGGCCACGAUCCACAGCACCACACUAUUGACAGCCUGGAGCAGGGCAUAUCGAGUCUGAUGGAACGGUUACACCGCAUGGAGACACAGAAGAGGCAAGAGAGAAGGAUCCGGGGGAAGUCGCCGGCAAGCAGAGCAACAAAUGAGUGUAGAGACUCCUGGCCUCCAAACUCCAAAAUGCCUCAUUCUCACAGCACACCUGUGAUGAGUACCAGUGCCUGCACCAAAGUGUUGUACUUCACUGACCGCUCCCUCACACCUUUCAUGGUCAACAUACCAAAGAGGCUAGGGGAAGUGACUCUGAAGGAUUUUAAGGUAGCUAUUGAUCGUGAAGGAACCCACCGGUACCACUUCAAAGCCCUGGAUCCGGAGUUUGGCACAGUCAAAGAGGAGGUAUUCCAUGAUGAUGACAUCAUUCCUGGAUGGGAGGGGAAAAUUGUGGCCUGGGUGGAAGAAGACCAUGGGGAGAAUUAAUCAAGCUUUUAGGUCUUGUCACUAUGGAAACCUGUGACUGGCUGCUGAGCUCAGAGAGUGACCAAAAAGCAUGUGUGCUGGAAGGAGUCCAACGCAAGCUACCAAGAGAAAGGGCUUCUCUGCAAACAGCGGGUAAUGCACGUUGUGUGCAUGGACGGCUGGCAUGGACACCUGGCUUUCUGUGGCCAAAUACAGACAGCGUUGUGGGACUGAAACAGCUAUCUGUGGGAAAGAAACACCUUACUUUUUCCUGUCAACUAAACCCUAACGGCCUUAAUGAUGCAUUUUUCCUUUCCCUUGCUUCUCAAUUCCUGCUGUAUGUGCUGCAGUCUGUGAGCUGGGCAUCUCAACUCUGGUUUGUUGUACACAGUACUGCAUAAAUCUACUCUGAUGGCAAAAAUGUGAAGCUUUGCCUUUGUGAGUCUGAAGAAACAGCUAGAUUGUGCAAGCAGAAGGUUUGACCAGCUUUGGUCUUGACCUUGCAUGUGUUGCAGGAGCAGAGUGAACUUUGUGGACAGUCAGACUGAGCAGACCUGGGGAAGAAAGACAGUCUUCUGGAGGUUUUAUGCAUGAUCUGAAGCAAAGAUCACCAGCUUGGCAAAGCUCCCUUUCUGCCAAAUUCAGGCUUCUGGUUCCUAGCCUUGCUUCUCCCAUUUGUCCUCCAAAGAUGUACUUCCGAGGCCCUCUGGAUUUGUUUUGUUGCCAUGGGGACUGUGGGAUCUUGGUACUUAACUUUUCUGGUGAAAGUUUUCGUUUUUGGAUCAGCUGCUUCCCCAAGGUACUCUUAGCCCCUCCCCCCUCCUUGUUAAACCCCUCUCUGCACUCCUGCUGCCUCCUCUGUUAUCAUAGCAACUGAUUGUCACCUCCUGUGCACAGGCAUCACUAUGCUACUGUCUGCUGGUUGCUAGAGCCACCAAACAUCAAUACUCUUAUAAUAAGUCCUGUCAGUAGCACCAUUUCCUUGCUAUGCCUAUUGCUGGGCUUUCUGGAGGAGCAAGGAAUUGAACAGUUGAUUGAGAGGGUCUGAGCCCUGAGAUCCCUGAGGCUCUGUGGGGUUUGUUUUGCUUUUUGUUCAUUCUGUUUUUCCCCUGCUUUGCCUGCCUCUGUCCUCCUGCUGCCUGUCAGCUGUACUUGCACAGCACUGGCUCUGGUCUGCAGCAGACACUGUUGAUUUAAAAGUUCAAAAGGCAAGUCAAGGCUCUGCUCAUUCUCAGUCCAUGUGGCCCUUUCAUGGGCUGCCCGCAUGUCUGUACUGUGCAUGAGGCUAGGAGGGGGUGAACCUGGUUUUACUGUUUUAUAUUAACGUGUCCUUUUGUAAAUAUGUUACUGUUCGGAAUUAUUUUGUACCAGUUUACAUUGUCUGAGGACUGUGGAUAUUUUUAUACCAGUGCAAGUGCUUUCUGUAUAUUUCUGCACGCAUUAUACGGUGUUUUACUCUCUA